CUCUCUCUCUCUGUGUGUGUGUGUGUGUGUGUGUGUGUCUGCCUGUCUGUCUGUCUGUCUGUCUCUGUCUCUGCGCCUCCGCUCCCCACACUGAAUGAUUGAAGUCUCUGGCGAGGGUGGCGCUGCAGAGAAAAGCCGUCGAAACGUCCGGAAACAUUUCUGGCGUUAAUAGGGGAAAGUUGAUCAGAAGAGCGGGGUCGAGAUGCAGGAUCCAGUUCACACUGCCCUGCCAUAGCUGUCGACGUUUCCAUUUUUUUAAGGGAAAUUCCCUCAUUCCGAAGGGAAGAAUGAGGGAAGAAAGAAAAGAGAAAAGUUUCCUUUCCUCGCAAGAAAAGGGAAAAGUUGACAGCUAUGUGCCCUGCUCUUGGCACACUUUUGCUGCUUUUUUUGGAAAGGUCGUUCUCGGAAUGGGGUGCCCCAGUGGUGGAGAAUGCCCCGUCCCUCGCCGUUAAAACCAAGAGGAAGAGACGCCCCUCGCUGGCAUUUCCUGUUGCAAGGAGCCGGGAGAGGGAGGAAAGCCACGCAGCCACGCGGGCAACUCGCUUCUGCAGCUCCGCUCGGCCGCCCGGCCGGGAACAUUCUCCGAUGGAAAGAGCCUUCCUGUUGCAGCUGUUGCUCUUGUUUUGGCAAGCCCUACGAUGGAAGCGGGGACUCAGUGCUUGUGGGGGACAGAGACUCCUCUCGCAAUUUAAUUUCUUAACAUUAUUCAUUCCUGAGCAUAAGACUUUUCUUAACAGCCAGUCUUUGCAAAGAGAGCAAUUCUUCUCCUCUCCCACAAACCACAUUCAACGAUACACUUCCGUAGAGAAGCAAAUAUCACUUUUUCUUGCGGACUUUUCCUCUUCAGAGUGUUUCUGUACUUUCCUCUGUGUAAAUCGCACACUGUUUGUCCUGUAGAGCAAGAAGACCUGCGCAAGCAGUUGGUGUUUCCAAAGGCUGGGGAAGAGACUAAGCAUCAUUGUAUCUCCCCGACAUUUGCCUCUUGCAGCUGCCAGACUCCUCUGGAGAAGGAUUUUGGAGCCAGCUGUAUGCCAUCUUCCCCUCCCCUCUGAACUGUAUUUAAGGCAGGCUGUUUGGAGUGUAGCAACACCCGUGCGAGAAAUUUCAUUCUCCGUUAAUUCUUGUGUUGCUUUGUAUCCAUGUACUAAAGCCUCUGGGUUUGUUUGUGGUUUUUUUUUGGGGGGGGGGAUAAUAUUAAAUUUAUUCUUUUUUGGCCAAAUUGUUUAUUUCUGUCAUUUUUUAAAUUUACCGUCAUAUUUUGUAUAUUGUACAUUUUUAUUUCCAGUGCUCUUUAUUUUGCUGUUUUCAACGUUUGCUGUGAGCCACUUUGAAGCUGUCCUUCUUACAGUGGUGAAACAGAUGCCACAAUGACCACAGGCAGGACCUGAGCUCAACAGCAGCAGGUCUCCCCAUUAGUGAGUCCCAGAAACAGCCAGUCUGGUGCAUGACUGCCACUGAUGCCUCCCUGCACUUCUGGAGAGAUACGAUGGUGGAUUUUUCUCACAGAAGACCUCUUCUUCGGACUAUUGCUGUACUCUUCCAUGGGUAAGGACUUCUCUGCUUUCUCCCUCAAAAAACAAAACAAAAACCCCACCUAAAUGCAUGGAGGGGGCGCUCUGAGUUUCAUUUGUAAUGAAGAGGGAAAUUAUUGGCAAUAUUGGUUACUAGCACUCAGGGCCUCCUCUCUCCAGCUGGAACCCUCCAAGAACACUCUUGCUGGCUUCAAAGGAAGCUCCGCCAGAAGGCUUUUGAAAGUUUAAUUCUCUGUGUGAUAUUUGUUACUGUGCUGAACCUGCGGGGACAAUUUGUGUGUAUGAUGAAGGUGAUCAUCUCCCCUGAAGGUGUGGAGUGAAAUGGGAUAAAAACACUGGAUAUGGUGACUGCAAGUCGACCUCGUCUCUAGGGCAGAAAUGUUUUCCUGCAGGCUUUUUUCCUGUGAUAUGCCAUUCAUUAACCAAUACAAAAUAAAUGUCAGAUAAGAGCAAGGGUAGGCAACCUAAGGCCCAUGGGCUGGAUGCGGCCCAAUCACUGCCUCAGUCCGGCCCGCAGACAGUCCGGGAAUCGGCGUGUUUUUACAUGAGUAGAAUGUGUCCUUUUAUUUAAAAUGCAUCUCUGGGUUAUUUGUGGGGCACAGGAAUUCGUUCAUAUAUUUUUUCCAAAAUAUAGUCCGGCCCCCCACAAGGUCUGAGGAAUGGUGGACUGGCCCACGGCUGAAAAAGGUUGCUGACCCCUGGUUAAGAGCAAACAGCGAAUUAGAGAAGCCAACCAAUGAGCAGAAAAAGGCGACUGGGGAUCUUGGUGGAACAGAAUCAGUUUCUUCUCUGAACUCUGUAUUAAUUUAACUUGUUUUCACACAAAAAUAGUGCAGAAUCAUUUUUUCCUAAAACACACAUGCAGAUUGUUUUCAGAUUGCUGCUUAGAAUAAUUUUUCAGUGGGUUAGAGCUUUCUAUGCUGAGUUUUCAACAGACGUUUUGCAAACUGCUUUGAGAAUUUCUUACCACAAAGCAGUAUAUAAAUCUUAUGAACUGAAAUAAACUUUUGUUCCUUGUUUGGGGAAAUUCUACUACUUUUUUCAGAAUUUUUCCUUGUGACAAUUACACAGAGCCAGAUGUCCCCCAAAAUAUGACCAAUCGGCAGCUUUGAAAAGACUUAAGCGUUUAAUCAAUUGCUUUUUCCCCCCUACAGAUGAAGUUCAGACAUUACUGAACAACAAUGAUACUAAUUUCAACCUUUGUUUGUAUCUCCUCCCCCACCACCUGCCCCUCAAUAGAAGCUUUAAGGCAUCCAGUGGGGAAUCCAACCCAUCAGGUGAAUAGGAUCCUGGGAGGAUCUGUCUCAUUUUCUGUCAGUGUAUCCCAAAGAAUAACAAUUGAGAAAAUUGAAUGGGACUUCCGCCCAAAAACUGGUGGUCUGGGCCUUUGGCUUAGUGAAGACAGACAUGGGAAACUAGAUCACCCAAAUCCCACUGAGCGGUUGGGAGAACGGCUAGACAUGGCAAACCAGAAAAUGCUGAGGAUUAAAGACCUGGAGUUGAAUGACAGUGGGAUAUACACAGCUCGUGUUUGGUUUACAAAAGUGCAGUUUCAGGAACAGAGUUUCAGCCUCACUGUUUAUGGUAAGCUGUUAUUUUCACUGUCUUGAUAAAGGAAUAGGAUCAACAGCAUUUUCUUACGUAGGUAUUGAGAGGCAUGUGGGACAUAGGCUUCAUGUCACUUUUCAUUUGUGUUCCACAGAGCCAGUGCCAACACCACAGAUAGACCACCAAGUGGAUUCCAAGACUCCAGGUGGAUGUAAUGUGACCUUGCGAUGCCACACACCUGGAAGGAAAGAUCUCAGUAUCUCCUGGGAAACAGGGGGUCCACACAGGGCCUUAGGAAAGAGUGUGAAUCAGUACCAGGUUUCUGACAAUGGCCGGGAGCUCCGUGUCUCCUUCUGGAACAGUUCUUUCAACUCCAAAUUCACCUGCCUGGUCAGCAAUCCUGUUGGUCAAAAGAGAGCCUCGUUUGACUUGCUCAACAUCUGCCAGAGUGAUGAAGGUGAGCAAUAUAUGCUUUCCUUCAUUAUCCAGAGGAGGUGCUUGUGGUGGUGAAUACGCAGACUGGCCCUUAGCAUGAGGGAUUUGAGGAAAUGUGUUUGUAUUAAUAAAUGCCCCUCUUCAUAUGCUUGUGAGCAGGAUUGGAGCAAACACAGAGCUCCUUGAAGACUGCCCUGAUCCUGUGAAUUGCUGCUGCUGCCCCCAUCUCCUCCUAUUCCUAGCUUAAGACAUUGAUUCAGGGCAGGCAAGUGUGUCUGACAGGGCAUUCACAGCCCAAAUCAUCGCAAUGGAAACGGGACAGAUUAGAAACACUUGCUUAUCUCUUGUUAUUUAUUCUACUGCUCUUGGCCAGGUGUGAGCAUGAGGCUCUGAAUCUCGGGGUCAUGGGUUCAAGCCACUCCUUGGGCCAAAGAUUCCUGCAAAGCAGGGGGUUGGACUGGAUGACUCUAGUUGUCCCUUCCAACUCUACAAUUCUAUGAUUCUAUGAGAGUCAGUCAUUCUGUCGGUUGUUAUUAGAGCAUGUUUUGAGAAACUCUUAUUGUUCAUUGCAGGUGGAGAGCUUGGACGUUCAAGUUGGAUUCUAUGGCUUAUCCCUUCCCUCCUAGUUCUGGUGAUAAUGGGGAUGGGGAUGGGGAUGGGGAUGUGCUGGAAGAUCAGAUUAGAAAGGAAUAGAAGAGGUAGGACCAUCUCUAUUGAUAUUCCCAUCUCUCCUGAGAUGGGGGCUUCCUGCCAAAUAUACUGUGAGGGGAAUCAGAGCUUACAGGGUUAAACAGCUCAGAGUCCAGCAUCCUGCCUACUGAGGGGUGGAGUUCCACAUCCAGGGAACUGUUCUCUGUUCUGUGUCUGGUUUCAGUUGUGACCCAGAAGGGAGAAGGGAGACAUUUUGCUGAUUUAUUACUGCUGUAAAUAAACUCUACAAGAUUAGAAAGAAGCGGAGUAAAGACUCUGUUUUCUGCAUUCUUGCACACACACAGCACCCACUGUGUUUACUCUGCUAUGGUCCGGAGGAGCAGCGAUGCAGUGGAAGCCUACCGGACCCUAAUUACACCACAUAUACAUGUACCUUUCUUUUGCUUAUCCUGAGACGCAGAGACUGGUCAGUGCCAUGGACUCAGUAAUGUGUCUCAUUUUGCACUCCACAGGUGUUCUCUCUGUGAACUCAGAAAGGAGCCACACAGAAGAUGGGAUGAUGAGGUGAGAUGAUCAGUGCGCAAAGGAAUGAAGGGGUGAUUGGUAGAUAAUAACAAUGAAAAUAUCUGAUACAUUUGGGAGGCAUUUAUGAUGUUAUUAUUAAAGUUGCAAUCUGUUAUUUUUGAAGAAACAACAGCAACAGCAGGAACAAGUGGAUUUCAAACAAGCCAGUGACCUGAUAAUGAAUGGCAAUCAAUUUGGCACAACCCUUCCCUACGAACCAUCUCUGCUCACCUGCAGGAAGCUUCUCUUAAAAUUAUCUUUUGCCGGCUCUGGACUCCAUCACUUACAACCAAGAUAAACUCUAGCAUCUCUCCCUUAUGCUGGAAAGGCUCAUAUUUCCUUGUGUGGUGGAGCUCCAUGUUGUAAUACUCCUAUUUCCAAAAUUAUGCAACAAUCCCUUCCACCCACAUCAGCUCUUGCCUUGUUAACAUUAGACUCAAAUUUAAACAAUAACUUUAAAUGCAGAGACUUUGUAUUUUUACAAUGGCCAAUACUGGAAACAACCUAUAGAUAUCCCCACUGAAAUCUGGGUAAAUAUCUGAACGCCUUACUCACCAUAGGAAGUUAAUUAAAGGCACUUCAAAAUAGACACUUUUGGCGAGACUUUGCUUCCAUUCUUUUUCCUUUAUAAAAUGAGACAGAGUAUACUUUUAUUCCACGCACAGCAUAAGAAUCUCUGUGGAGAGGCUACUUGAAUUGAUAAUGCAUAAAUAAAUGUAUUGCUUGUGUACUGUGUGCUGCAUAUGAAACUUAAUAAGAAUGUACCACUGGGCAAAUUACUGUAUUUGUAUGUUGCUCUUGUAUUUACAUUAAAACAAUAAAAAUUAUUUGGAUUAAAAACAACAACAGGCCAGUGACCCAAACCUCCUGAUCAAAAGACCUAACAAAUGGAUUAUGGCACAAGGGGAGGCAGGCAGCUUGUGCAAAGAUCCUGUUCCCAUCAGGGGAACAUGCAUGCUCAGUUGAAGUGAGCAGAAUUGAACCCUCCCCUCUCCAGCUAGUGAACGGAGAAUUCAGGCCUCUGGGCACAGGGCUCUGCUUCCCACUUCCUUGCCCCAGUGAACCCAGCAGGAUUGUGCUCUCCCCAGCACAGGUGAGGAUGCAGCACAGGUGAGGACCCUUCCGGCUCAAGCCCCAGCCCCGGCUCAGCUGGUUCUGGAGGCGGGGAAUCCUGUGCAGGCUGGGAUUCCUCAGGUUCAGCCUCCAAGUCCGAAUCCCAGGCCAUCACACCCUGAAGUGUGUGUCCCUUUUUUUGGAUUACAACCUAUUUUGGGGGGGAGGCCCCAUUGGUAAAACAGCUCCUUGGGUUACAACCUGUUUUGCUUUACAACCGGACCUCCAGAACAGAUUAUGGUUGUAAACCAAGGUAUCACUGUAUAUUCCUAGCCAGAAAUAUUCAUGAAUUUUGUGAGGAGGAGCC